UUCGGUUGGGAACGUUGAGUGUUCGUCGUGAUUUGAUAUAUAAUUUGAUAUUUAUACAAAAGCUAGGGAAGUGUUUAUUCCUCUUUUCCCAUUGUUUGUAACAACAUUUGAUUUUAGUAUGUGGAAAGGAUUUCAAUAAACCGGUCGCGGAAUUUACGCGAGGUUUUUUUAUAUGUAUAAAUAUUGUAGCUGUGUGUGAAACGUAUGCACUGUGAAUAAAAAAAAUCGAAUGCAGUGGUAUAUUAUACGUGCUAGGUGAGUGAAAAAAAUAGUAAAAAAAGAGUUAAACCCGGGAAUAUUAAUGCAACAUAGCCAUCAAUGGAAUAAAUUCGAGACAUCACUGGGGAUUAAUUAGUGAGAGUGUUUUAAUAAUAAUUCCGUAAUUUUCUGCAAAGUGUUUUUAAAACCGCAUAGAUUUUCAAUUGUGGAAACGUUUUAUGUUGGUAUACAAGUACGAAGUGUUCUAGCAAUCUAACCACCAAUAACGUGCGGUGUUGUAUUUGAAAUUGCCGAUAAUUCAAGUGGUGAGAUAAGAUUCAUACGUGAUUUUGAUUGCAUUCGAAACGGUGUACGUUAGCGGUCAGUAUGUUCUGAUACUCACAUUGUUUCUAAUACGCUAAGAGUAUGGAGGAAGAGUUACGGUGCCCAGUUUGCAAACAAUUGUACGCAAAUCCUGUUUUGUUGCCAUGCUAUCAUUCCCUAUGCAUUGCAUGUGCCAUAGACAUUCAGGUACCGUCGUCAACAACACAAGUUGUUACCGCACAAGUACACCAUCAUCAUCACUCGUCAUCGUCGUCCGGCAACAGUACUGGUAGCUCAAGUGCCACCGAAAGUGUGUCGUCCGAUCAAGACCAGGCCGAUAAGGUCAGCAUUUUGAGUGAGGCCGAUUCGGGUGUUAUAUGUUGUACAUCGCGGCCCGGCUCAUACGCUGGUACGCCAAAUUUACAAGGACUGCUAUUCCCACCAUCGUGUGGUGCCGCCGUAUUUUCACUGUCUUGCCCCGUAUGCCGUAAAAUCGUCUUUUUCGACGAAGCCGGAGCACGCAAUUUACCAGCUUAUCGUACCAUGGAAUCGAUUAUAGACCGAUUUUGUGAACGUGAAGCAUUACGUUGUCAGAUGUGCGAAACUGAACCGAAAGUGGCGGCUGUUGUGUGCGAACAGUGCGAGAUUCGUUAUUGUGAUGGUUGUCGCGAAUUGUGCCAUCCAGCACGCGGACCACUAGCUAAACACAAUUUGGUAAAACCGCGCGGUGCGUCGCUAAUACGUGACUCGGUGUGCAUUGAACACAGUGAAUUAUUGUCCAUGUACUGUUUAACGUGCAAAGGGCCAACAUGUGAACAGUGUUUAAAGGAGAAUCGACAUCAUUCGCACGAUGUACAGGCCACUGCUUCGAUGUGUAAAGCACAAAAGACGGAACUUUCGCAUAAUCUUCAACAACUAUCGGAAAAGGCCCGUUCAACAACAGAAUUUAUACAAAGACUGAAGGGUAUGAGCGACAAAGUCACGGAUUCAUGCCAGGAAUUUGAAAGGCUGGUGACCACACAAUGCGAAGCCUUAAUCCAAGCCAUACAUAAUCGGAGGGAGUAUUUGCUGGAGGCGAUACGACAGGAUAAAGAUACCAAAAUUAGGAUAUUAAGAGAACAGCAAACAAGUUGUACCGGCAAAUUGCAACAAACUACCGGCCUAAUACAAUUCUGUAUCGAAGCACUGAAAGAGACUGAUAGCGCAGCAUUUUUACAGGUGGGAUCAAUGCUUAUAAAUCGCGUCGCUAACACCGACAUGACAUGGCACCAAGAAGUGACAAAUGCAGCGCCACGCGUAUCACCGAUCGUUGAUCUAACACUUGACGAUGCACCUGUCGUUCGUGCUGUUGACAAUCUUAAUUUCAUUCAGAUGAAACCUGCAAGAGAUGGAGAAGAACGAAUUCCUGCAGCUCCACUAGCACCAAGCAUGAUUCCCGAAGAUUGUUCGGCUGAAAAUAAUUCGGUUACAGUUGCUUGGCAAGCACCGAGCCAUUCAUUUAUCGAAGGCUACGUUCUCGAAUUGGACGACGGUAGUGGUGGUGAAUUUCGGGAAGUCUAUUGCGGAAAGGAAACAAUAUGCACCGUCGACGGACUGCAUUUUAAUUCCAUGUACAAUGCGCGUGUAAAGGCAUUCAACAGUACGGGCGAAGGUGAAUAUUCGGAAUUAAUUGGCCUGCAAACAGCUGAAGUUGCUUGGUUCACAUUUGACCCGCAAUUAAGUGACGGUCUUGGUUCGGGUCUAAUCUUUACAAAUGACAAUUCAACGGUGUCAGUUGACGGAUGGGAACAUCGUGUUGCAUUGGGCUCAGUUGGUUUUUCCCGUGGCAUUCACUACUGGGAAUUUACAAUCGAUAAAUAUACGGCUGAUACUGAUCCGGCAUUUGGGGUGGCACGAAUUGACGUGGCUAGAGAUAAAAUGUUGGGCAAAGACGAUAAAGCGUUCGCAAUGUACAUAGACCGGCAGCGUUCAUGGUUUCAACAUAAUUCGGUGCAUGAACGACGAGUCGAGGGUGGCAUAACGUCUGGUAGCACAAUCGGAAUACUGUUGAAUUUGGAGAGGCACACACUGAGCUUUCUGGUAAAUGAAAUGCCACAAGGAUCGGUGGCUUUUCGUGAUUUAUAUGGUGUUUUUUAUCCGGCUGUUAGUCUUAAUCGUGGUGUCACCGUAACACUCCAUUCGGCCAUCGAUGCACCGAGAAUGGAUUUUCACUGAUAAUUACAGUAAAGCCGGACGGGAGGUUUUUUUGUUUGUUUGAGAGACAAAGUUUCGAAUUAAAAAUUUUAACCAAACGAAAUACUGAGCACAUUUUCGGCGAUUAAUAGUUUGAGAUUGCGUACGGUAUUUGAUGCAAUGAAAUUCGACAGGCGCUCACCGAAAGCAAGGAUCUAAAACAUCUUUGAGUAGAGAAAAAAAUAAUCAAGAACCCUUUGUGUACCGUGUCCUGUAAAUACACCGUCGAUGUACAAUAAUCCCAAAUAAAAAUUGUGCAGCCAAUCUCAAUUCAGCAUUUCGAUGUACAUUUAGAUUAGACUAUUCAAGUUACCUAACGGGUUCCAGUAAGCGAAUUGCUCCUAUUUUUUACGUGUGCAAAGCAGUAGUAAUGGGAAAUGGUGAGACUAUAAUCAAUCUGAGAAAUAGAGAGAGAAAAGACAUAAAAUCUGAAACGUAAAUGGGUGCUAAAACGUUAAGAAAGUAAUUGGAUCGGCUUCAUAGAGGCAAGCCGACGAUGUAAAAGUGUUGAGGGUCGUCGUCACUAACUUUGGAAAACAAGAAAAUUUUGCGACGGUAAAUUAUCAAGAAGAGUCAGCCGUACAAGGAUAGAUUUUUAAAAAACGUGCAACUGAUGCCCUAUAAGAGAAGAGAUGGUGUGGCAAUGACAUGCUAAAUAUUAAACUAAAACACUGAAGUUGGUUCACAAAUAAACUGAAAGCAUAGCACUAUUUUGAUUUCAUCAGACCGCACCAUAUUGUCUAUGUUAUGCUAUUAUGCUAGGAGCAACGCUACAGUGAAAGCGGUGAUUAUUUAUGAGGCAGUAGAAUUUAGGGCACUGAUUUAAAUUGGUGGUUUUUCUGGAUAACAUGCAUUCUUUUGUUUAUCAUUCUAUCACAGAACGGCAAGCAAACAACAGUAUAAUUAUCAAGUCUAUAACGUCUUCGACAAUUUUGAAGACAUUGAUGCGAAAUCUUCUACUUCAUUGCUCUUAUCAUAACAUUUACUGCUCGCGUUUAAACGAACAUAUUAGUCAAAACUCACCGUUUAUAUGUGUAGUCGUUGUUGAUAACAGAUGAAAUUAAUAUUUGUCAGGUUCAGUAAUUAGUUAUAACCGUGCAAUGUUUCCAACUGUUAUACGAAUCAACCACCAUGUCUGAGCAAAUUGUCUUAACUCGAGUGAAAUUAGUCAUAACAUACCUUCAGUGUUGUUUACCCAGUUGAUAAAAUUGUGUCAAGUAAUCCAUGUGUUAAUGAAAAUCAAAAACCCCACAAAGAGAUUUUAUUCGACAGUCCGCCAAAUUCGGAUCGAGCUAGUUAUUUCUAUGACCUCGAAUGAUGGAAAAAAAAUUUUUGGCUUAUUUUGUCAUCAAUAGAAUCGCCUGUCUUGUAAUAACUGAAUCUGUUAUUUCUUUAGUUCAUAGUUACAGCCUAUAGUGUCUUGCAACGAAAUCUGUUACUUCAUUUGUUUUAACAUAUUUUUCACUAUAUAAAUCCACAUCAACCGGAGGUGGUCGGUUGUAUUUGUCAGUAAUGUCGAUAACAGAUCAAUGAGUCUUUCUGAAAAGUUCACUUACCAACUUUAAAUCUCUAUUUGAGAUUCGAAAAAGUACUGUAGCUUGUGGAUACAGAAAAUGGUCAGAACAGGUCUGAAACAUGAAAUUGAAAACCUGAAUCUUUUCACGUCAGGUCUGUUCUGAUUCUACAAGAUUGAGUUCAGGAGACCCUAAACUAUAAAGAAAAAGAGUCAAAUAACUUCAUGAACCUCACGAACUAAAACAGGUCCAACCUAAUCUGAGAAAUAGAUUUAUCCUCCAUCAGUACUUUUCGAUCUACUACUUAUUGAGAUACUCGGUUUAGUCAAGUACGGUACCAAUAUUUGGCGACUCAAUACUUAUUAGGGGUCAUUCAUAAAUGACGUCCGAUACUGAGGGGGGAGGGGGGGUCUACGAUUUCGGACACUCCAUACAAAAUUGGGUCAAAUUUGACCACUUUUGCGUGACGAGGGGGGAGGGGGGGGUCUAAAACUGACGAAAAGUAGUGGACGUCAUUUAUGAAUGACCCCUUAAGUGUACUAAAAUUCGGUUCUCUCAUUCAUCCGAUUUUGGCAGGAUUUAAUAAAACGAAUCUCUCUCAAAACAGAAAUUAUAAGCUAAUGCAAAACUGAAACUGUAGAUACACGGUAGACGUUGAAUAACAGUUCAACACCCAGACGAUGUAUUUAUAUUGACCACAGAUGGAAAGUUUAAUUUUUUAUUGAAUCUGUCGUGGUAUACAUAAAUAUUGUCGCAUAAGAAAAACGAAUUCCUUCCUCAACAAUUUAUUUAAUGAGAAAAAUUAAGAAUAAAUGAAAUUUAUAUUGUAAAUAGUUAUGUAUUAAUCGUUAAGAAGUUGACUAAACGUUGCCAUUACAGAAAGAGAAAGUAGUGCCAUUUUUCUAAAAAAAAACCAUGACGGCGCAUGUUGGCAUUAUUUAAAAAAAAAGUAAAAGAAACAGAUUAAAUGAAAAAGAAAUGAAAAACAAAAAUAUUUGAUAAGUUUAACAAUGAAAUUGUGUAACAGAAAAACAGAAAACUAGUUAUUUGUACAAUAAAAUAUUGGUACUCCGUCUAUUUAUUGAUGGUUAAAGGUAAAGCGUAAAUAAAUAAAUGAAAAAAUUGAAAAAAAAUUCCCCUUAAUUGAAAAUUUCAAUUAAAAAAAUAGCAUUUUUUGUAUGACAUCGAGCACUUAAAAUAU